CCCUGUUGGUUCCUAAAGCUUCACUUUCCACUUGUAGGCCCACCCUUCCUCCUGCCCGCCAAGUUCCGAUGUCUCUUUCAGAAUCUGCAAAUGCUUUAUAGUAGCUAGGAUUUGGGACUAUUUUUCUUGGGACUCUUUUUCUGGUGGUAAAUUUCAGGCAUACGGAAAAAUAUGGAGAAUAACAGAGGCACCAAUGCCUCUGCUCUGGAAAAAGACAUCGGCCCAGAGCAGUUUCCCAUCAAUGAGCACUACUUCGGGUUGGUCAAUUUCGGGAACACGUGCUACUGUAACUCUGUGCUUCAGGCCUUGUACUUCUGCCGGCCGUUCCGGGAGAAUGUGCUGGCGUACAAGGCCCAGCAGAAAAAGAAGGAAAACCUGUUGACGUGCCUGGCAGACCUUUUCCACAGCAUUGCCACGCAGAAGAAGAAGGUUGGCGUGAUCCCACCAAAGAAGUUCAUUUCACGGCUGAGGAAGGAGAACGAUCUCUUUGAUAACUACAUGCAGCAGGAUGCUCACGAAUUUUUAAACUAUUUGCUAAACACUAUUGCGGACAUCCUGCAGGAAGAGAAGAAACAGGAGAAACAAAAUGGGAAAUUAAAAAAUGGCAACAUGAAUGAACCUGCAGAGAACAAUAAACCAGAACUCACUUGGGUCCAUGAGAUUUUUCAGGGAACGCUCACCAAUGAAACUCGAUGCUUGAACUGUGAAACUGUUAGUAGCAAAGAUGAAGAUUUUCUUGAUCUUUCUGUCGAUGUGGAGCAGAAUACAUCUAUUACCCACUGCCUGAGAGACUUCAGCAACACAGAAACACUGUGUAGUGAACAGAAAUAUUAUUGUGAAACGUGCUGCAGCAAACAGGAGGCCCAGAAAAGGAUGAGAGUGAAGAAGCUGCCCAUGAUUUUGGCCCUGCACCUGAAGCGGUUCAAGUACAUGGAGCAGCUGCACAGGUACACCAAGCUCUCCUACCGCGUGGUCUUCCCGCUGGAGCUGCGGCUCUUCAACACCUCCAGCGACGCCGUGAACCUGGACCGCAUGUACGACCUGGUGGCCGUGGUGGUGCACUGUGGCAGCGGUCCUAAUCGUGGGCAUUAUAUCACUAUUGUGAAAAGUCACGGCUUCUGGCUAUUGUUUGAUGACGACAUCGUAGAGAAAAUUGAUGCCCAAGCUAUUGAAGAAUUCUAUGGCCUGACGUCAGAUAUAUCAAAAAAUUCGGAAUCUGGAUAUAUUUUAUUCUAUCAGUCACGAGAAUAACUUAAAGGACUGGGACUAACUCAAGAGGGGGAGUGUUCAAAGCACUGUUACCUGGGUUCUCUGCGGACUUGCUUCUUCCCGCAGCCCACCAAUGUAUUACUCCGAGUCUCAAUGAUCUGGCUGUGUUAGACUCUCUCUCUCUCUGUUUUUUUUUUUUACAUGCAGCACUAUUCGUGGUCUUAUUUUAGUCUGAGGUAGAAGUUAACUGCAAUCAGAUUGUAGUAAGAUUUAUAUGAAUAACAGUUGCUAAUUUUAGGGUUGGGUAAACAUUAUGCCACUGGCUAUUUCUGGCUGUAUUAGAAUGACAUGUCCUAGAAUGUCUGCAGUCUGUUUGGGGGUCUUUGCUGAGCUUCCUAAGUGGUUUCCAGGGUCUCCUUUCAAUGCAUUCCUUUAACGGGUCCCUGGAAACGUUGCUACCCAUGUUUAGCUUCUCUGCCUCAAAGGACAGAAUUGGGUAGAUGUUCACCUUUAGGGCUGCAGCUAUAGCUUUAAGUGUGUGCAGGCGAAAUUGUUUAAAAGUGAGUAACCUCAGAUACUGACACCAUCCUCCAGGUGGGACAGGGUGAAGAGCUGUUCAAGGUGCCAGCGUGUGCCUGGACUGUGCUCACCUCGAGCUAGAAUUUCCCGGGCAAAGAGGGCGGGGAGGCCAGAGCAGGCAAAGCCAGGAGGAGGAAGCUUUCAUGGGGAGAGAAAAGUUACUUUUCUUAUCUUUCUACCAAAACCACAUUUCAGGAAAAUAACUCUCUGCUGUGUGUUUUCAGUGCCACUUUCUUCCGUAAGGUCCCGUGUGUUGUCUCUCUCCUCUCUGGCACUGCUAAGCUUCCAGGGCACCUUUCCAGGCCUGGCAUCGGCCUGUCGCAGGGCUGGGACCUGGGUGGCUGCCUCCAGCGCAGCUCUCCUGAGCAGCCAGACCAACAUCAUUCUGUGCCCGGGAGAACCAGGGCACUGCCCCUUUAGGACCAUCUGCGCGCUGGGCCGCUGUUCUCUCUGAGGCAGCUCAGCCUACUUGCUGAGGCAGUGGCAGCCCAGGACAACCUGGAACUUUCCCUGGAGGGAAGACUGGAGUUAGCUGGCGUGAAGGUGGGUCGAGGGAAGUGUCAGAGGGUGGGUGGAGGGCGGAGCCAAACGCGGCGUUUCUUUGACUCAGGCUCCUAGGAUGCUUGACAAGAGAGUUUUUGGGAAGAACCUCAUCUCACCCUAGUUUUUUUUUUUUUUUUCACUUUUGUUAUAUAUGUAUUUAUUAGAUCAUUUGAGUAUUGGUACCUUUUAUUAAAAGGGUUGAUGUGGUGUUUUGCCAUUGAGCUGGUUUUUGGUUUCCUACAAAUGCUAUGAGUCAUAGACCUUCCUUUGGGAAGUCGGUUGACCUCCAUACACUAUAAUAUACUGUGAACACAUGAUCUUGUUACCUAAUAAAUCAGCAAACGAACAUACAAGCGUUUGGCAUAAUGUGAGCUAAAAUUGAAAUUGAAAAUGUUAGUGGCCAUUUUGCAACAAUUAAGAGCAUAGCACUUUAUCUAGAUGAAAACUGGAUUUCUUAUCUUUGAAAUAUCGUGAACUGUUUAUUGCUCAGAACUUAAAUAAGCAUGCCGACACUUCAUUUGUUCAUGCUUGAAGUGAAAUGUUUUACUUUUCACUGGAGAAGACAAAACAGGGUGAUCUUCACGUUAUUGUUUUAUACGAGUGACAGAAGUAUACCUUGCCUUGUUUAAAGGCAAAUUCAUAUUUAUAAAUAUUUUGUCUGUUUUUUCCUCCAUGAAACAUAUGCAGUGAUCACUUACCAGGAAGGUGAGUUUUUAUUCUGUUAUUAAGGAGAGACACUUUCCACUUGAAGGUGAUUGCUGUAGGGAACUGUUUGUACUAUAUAUAACCCAUAUAUUUGACUGCAGGUUGCAAAGUUUAAGAAAAUGAUGGUUGAUAUCUAAUAUAUUUGGAACUGAUUCAUAAGAAAAACUAUUAAAAUUGUCUUUGAAAUGACUCUUGAAGCUAAUUUAUUAGAAAAAAAAAGUUUCAUUUGGAAGCCUGUGUAAGUAAUAUCUAAAUGCAAAGUCAUAGAUUCAGGAUGCUUUUUGGUGUUUUUUUAAUGUAUAAAGAGUUUUCUUCCAGUGACUUAACUGAAGUAAUUCCUUAUAAUAGAAAGGGUCAGUUAAAAUUCAGUACUCAUGGAUAGGUUUUUGGAAUAAAAAAACAAGAAUGGGGGAUAAUGCAAAGAUAUGGAAAUGGUUGUGUGAUGCAGGAAAAGAUUGGGAAAAUGCACUUAUCCUCCAACACUCCAUCAGGUUUUUAAACUUUAGAGCUAUCUGGUAAUUUCUCCCUUCUCUCCAAUUAAUGAAACAGACACUAGGCAGCUACAUUCCCCCGGGUCAUUUCACGUUCUAUAAAGACAGCAGCAUGCACACACACUUAUUUUUCAUCCCUCAUUCAUCCCCCAGAGCAGAGAUUGGUGUGGGAAACGCCGGACCAUUCAGAGGCCAAGGAUAGCACAAGACCCAGCAGUGCCCCUGGCGCGGCCAGGGUUUUUGCGUGUCGUUUUCGGCAGGAGGAAGGCCUGCUGUAUUUUUUUUUAACUGCUGGGUGUUUUAAAAUGAAUUACAGUGUUUUACACUUGAUACGAGAAGAAAUACUUGCUUUAUUGGCUACUUACUAGUUUAGCAUUUAGAUUAUGGUGCAGUAUGCCGAAAAGGUAAAUUUUGGUAAAAUGCUGACAUUAGUCCUGGAUGUCGAUAGUUUUCCAUUCCGAGGCUGCACCAAGUGGCCUGGUCUGAGGCAGCCAAGGAGCAGCACAGGAGGGUGCUGGUUGGAAUAGGAAGCCGGCUGGUUGUAUAGCCUGGUAUAUUUUGGAUUUCAGAUGAAAUGGGAAAGAAAUGGCCCCCAGGCGUUUAUUUUCCUGGGUACCCCUAAUUUCAUGGGCAUGCCUAACAAUGAACUAUGCUCUCACUGAGCUUAGGGCUUAUUUUCGAUAUUGGAGUGUAGCUUUAUUACAGAUGGAUUUUAUCUUUAAACAUUGCAUUUUGAUCAACUUUGUAUAGUCCCGUGUAUUAAAAUAUUGUGCACUAAAUGUUUUGCUCUCCUGUGGUCAGGCAUUUAUCAGCACUGUUGUGAUUCACUCUGUAGAUGGCAUGGGUCAGGGAGAAGGGUUUCCUACUUUUCUGCCUAAGUAAGUUUCUGUUUUCCAGUAUUACAUUAAUUUAUUUUUGGCUUCCAUUACUGUGUAACCAAAAUAAUUACUCUAUGUGUGUGGCAUUCAUAUGACUUUGUUGCUAAAAAACAACAACAAACAAAAAACAAUUAAUUUUCAUUUAAAAUAAUCUGUACCUUAAUUUUUUUAAAUGUAACCAAUUCAAGCACUUUAAGCAAUAAUGUCAAUCUUGUGAAAUUUCAAUCAGUUUAACACCCUGCCUCUAAAAUUGUUUGCAGAAAAUAAAUAAAUUUAAAAAAAUAGGAAUUCUCUUCCUAGAGAAUUAUAUCUGGGUAAUGUUAAAUACAUUAUGUUAUAAAAAUGUGGGUCAUUGUUAAGUCUCAUGUCUAGGUAGUUAUUCUGGACUUAAUUUGAUAGCAGUGGGAAUGUAAAGAACAUUCUGGUCAUUGUAAUAGAUGGAGGCAAUGCUACUGUCAAGGUUGAUAAAGUCACUGUUCUGGAAAGAGGCCAACAGAAUUAAUCCUGAAAUCUGUAUCCGGAGAAUAGCAAAUUGAGCAUAUCGGUGAAAAAAAAUAAAGAAUUAAGGAUUGGUAAUUACGCAUCACCAAGAAUUGCUUAGCUAGGGACUUUGCGUAUUAAAUCUACUACUUGCGAAAUAAAAGAUUUAUUUUCCCAAAAGGAAGUGGCUGCAGCUCUGGGAUCCCAUCAGCAUCUGGCUUCUCCCUGCCUGCUCUCAGUGUUGCCUUAGCUUGCCUGUCAGCUCCUUCUAGGGAGCACACAGUUUUUCAAAAACAUAAAUCCAUUACAUUGCAUCAAAGGACUUGGGCAUCUUGCCUUUUAAUUCUCACGUUAAAAGAGCUGGCGUGUUGAAAGUCUUUUAACACUGGAUUUUAUGAAUCAAAUAUCUAAACACUUUUUUUUUUUUACAUUAUCCUAUAUAAUAAAAGGGUGAUAUGCAAAUUGACCCUAAGGGUGGAACUACCGGAGAACAACUGGUCCCUGUGAUGUGUACUGACCACCAGGGGCCAGACGCUCAAUGCAGGAGCUGCCCCCUGGUGGUCAGUGCGCUCCCACACGGGGAGCUCCGCUCAGCCACAAGCCAGGCUGAUGGCUGCAAGCAAGCCUCUCCCACCUCCUCGGCAGCGCUAAGGAUGUCUGACUUCAGCUUAGGCUGGGAGGAGUGGGCCUAAGCUGUCAGUUGGACAUCCCCUGAGGGCUUCCGGGCUGCCAGAGGGAUGUCUGACUGCCAGCUUAGGCCCGAUCCCCCAGGGAGCGGGCCUAAGCUGGCAGGUGGACAUCCCCCGAGUGGUCCCGGACUGCAAGAGGGUGUAGGCUGGGCUGAGGGCAACCCCCCCCCCCUGUGCACAAAUUUUUGUGCACCGGGCCUCUAGUUACCAAAUAAUUAGAACUAGUCAUUCAGGGCAUGAGAGUUUUUAAGCUGUGUGACUAUUUUAUUGGUUUAUCAACCCGUGUUUCCUUUUAUAGUUCCCUUAUGAUGCAACAGUGCUUCGAACAAAGCACAUUAGGAAUUUACAAACAAAUGAAAAAUAACUUCAUGUUGGUUAUGAAGCACCACAAUCAGAAAUGAUAUGAGAUUUUGUAACGAGGAUUCCUAACUUUGUCCUCAUUUCCCACACGGCGAUUCAUAAUAAAGUAUUAUUAACA